CUCAGUCGACGAGCAACUUUGGCAGCGUGAGGACGCCCGUGUGGAUGCGUGUGGCCCGUUAAGCAACAACAAUUUCGAGUGGCAAUGUGCAAAAAUAAAAAAUCUAUAUAUAUUUUAAAUUGAAUAUAGAAAUCCGAAAACCCACACUCACACUCGCACACACACACACAAACGCAGGGCCGCAGAGAGCGCGAGCGGAAAUACUUAAAAAGCUUAAAAAGUGGAAGUAAAAUAAAAAUUGGCCGUAUCGGUGUGCGGCAGCUAGAAAGUGUGGCCAAAAGUGACAUCACACUCCGUUCAGCGAAAAAGGAGCAAACGUUUCAGGAACAUACGAGAAAUCGGAAAACGAAAUCGAGCGGUAUUCGCACGCGUCGUAGCUCAAGGUGAGCCCGCGCCACCCCUCCUCCUCUCAAUCCAACCAAAAUUAAACCCCCUCCCCCCUUGCACCCCACUCUGCGUCCAAAAAUUAAUCUCAACAACUGGCACGACGACAAGUAGUCGCCGACGAAGUCACAGCCAAGUAUCAACAAAAGGAAAUAAAUUAAAAUUUGUCGCUACGUAGCGAGACGACGACGACGACGACGACGGAUUCGAUAGUGGUUAGGCCAGCGAGCGGUACGGUUACGGAUACGGAUACGGUUAAUUCGGCCAGCGGUACACCAAUGAAGCCCACUGUGAUGGCGGCCAAUCAGGCGCAAACUAAUCCAGGCGUUGCCGGUGGUAAUGGUUCACCCGGUGGACCCGGAGUCAACAUACCCGUUAACCGGGAGUACGUCAGCGGUGGCUAUGGUUCGCCACAGCAGGCGGCACAGAAUACACACUUCCAUAACCCUCAAAACGCUUUCGGAUCGCCCAGGCAGCAACAGACGCACUUCCAGCACCAGCAGGUUCCUCCAAAUCAGCAACAGCAACAUUUUCAGCCGACCUUUGGAUUUGAACCGAACAUGGACAUGGACAACAUGUUUCCACGCUCCCACCUGGGCAGAAUGCAUGAUCCCUUUGCCGGCUUCGGCGACUCACGUAAGCGGAGUAGUUUGCAUGGUCCCAGUACCCAAGCCCAUGCUGAUGAUGACUUUUCGUCCUAUUUCGACGAUCCAGACUUUGCUUUCCCACGAUUCUCGACAUUAGGAAGGCGAGGACGUACCAACAAUCAUAUGGAUCACGAUGACGACUUCUUUAACCGGCUGCCCUCGGAGUUCCGUCAAUAUAUACCAGAUGGUUUUGGAGCCAGACGUGGUCCGGGACCGGCAUCAGGCCCUGGUCAAGUUCCCCAGCAGCAGCAGCAGCAGCCGCAACAGCAGCCACAGCCACAAUAUACACAGCAGCAUCCCCAACAGCACUACCAGUAUGCUGGACCGCCCCAGCAACAGCAAGUCUACGUGGGAUCACCACAGCAACAGGUGCCACAGUCGCCCUCGAAGCGUUUGUGUGAUGCUGCCAUCCAGACGGAGGAUCCUGCCGGCCGCUCAGAGGUGGAUUGUGCCCCGCCGAGCAACUUGAACCAGCACGGAUUACGAAACACCGUUGACAUGGGCGUAAAGAGUGCCGCCGAGCAGGAUCAGGGUUUGCGCUCCCACUCCGCCCCACCGCCAGAGCAACAGCAGCAGAAUUUGCUCUACCAGCAGCAACAGCAGCAGCCCCAACCAGGAGCACAUCACCAACAGUUCGGCACUCAGACCAGUCCACCUGUCCAGGGUCAGCAGUUCAAGACCUACUAUGCGCCCCAGCAACAGACUCACCCACAGCAGAAGCAGCCCACCCCGCCGCCAGCACCACAGACUCCUGGUGGCACCUACGUGCGCACCAUACCCAUCUUUGUUGAGGGUCGCACCGAACCGAUCAUCAAUGCCCACAAGGAGAUACCCAACCAGAACGCUCCGCCUAGUGCCCAGGCUCAGGCGCAGGCACAGGCACAGGCUCAGGCUCAUUAUGCUCCACAGCAACAGCAGCAGAGACCCACGCCACUGAAUACUCAGCAGGCUCAUCCCGACCAGGAGGUGCCAGUAGAGGGAGCUGCUGGUAUACCGCCACAGACGCCACACACACUCAACUCGAUAAACAAGAUCCAGGAUAUACAGCGUGACGUACUGGAGCUGAUGGGCAAGGUGGAGCAGUUCAAGGGAACGCGCCAGGAGAAGGAAUAUGCCUACUUGGACGAGAUGCUGACCCGCAACCUGCUGAAGCUGGAUACGAUCGAUACAAACGGCAAGGAUAGCAUCCGCCUAGCACGAAAGGAGGCCAUUAAAUGCAUUCAGGCUUCCAUAAAUGUCCUGGAGGCUAAAGCGGAGGAGAAUGCCAGGGUGGCGUCUGGAGAAGCAACUGCAACUGCCACGCCAGCUGAAGCAGUGGAAGCGGGUGCAGUUGCUGCCCCAGAAGUCGCCGGUCAAAUUCCGGAACCAGUGACUCCACAGCCACAGGAUGCUACGAAAAUCCAAGAGCCCAUCCCUCUGCCGCCACCACCAAAUGCUGCACCCUUAGAUGGAGCAGCUGCUACCGAAGCCACAACAACAGAGCCUGCUGCUCCAGGUGAGACGGCUCAGGCCGCCGCCUCGCAGUCUGAGACAACCACAACGACGUCGGAAUGAUGAACGCAGCGCCUUUACAAGGCGACCGUUUCGAAGCAGCUACGCAAAUUAACCAAAUUUAAGUGACAACAGGCGGGAGAAAGCGGCGAGUCCCGAUCCCAAUCCCGACUCAUCAAAGGACAGCGACAGACUUGAUUAUACUGAAUUCGAAGUGAAUGUGAAUUGGAUGGUGGAUGUGAAUGUGAAUAAGAGGAGCUGGCGACGAAUCUUUGCUAGUAUUUCGUAGAAGCACACCCGUACUAUCUAAACAUGCAAAUCUCAUCACACAUCAUAGCACACCCAUAAACACACAGCAUAGAUUAUAGGCUAGUAAGGAAAUUAAUAUUGAGAAAAAGUGCCUGCAUAUAGAAUUCGGAAGUUAACAGAACGAAAACGAUUUGGCAACCAGAGAUUACUCCAGUAACUCAGUUGGCCUUUAAUUAAAAGAGCUGAUUAUGUUUAAGCGAUAGAUCACCAUGAGGAUAUUUUUGAACCUGAGUCCAGUUUUUAUACAUACGUAAAUUGUACCGAGGGGCAGCAAUAAGCAGCAAGCCGCCGUAUGAUCUCAUACAAAUCUACAGCAAUCGCGCUUGCUUGCCACAGCCACCUCAUCCAAUCCACAUUGAGUGCACCACACUCACGGCUAUGCUGCUGGUGAAUUGUUAAACAAAGGUAAACACUUCUAGAUGAACUAUGAUAAUAACUAUUUAUGCUACUAAUUAAUGCGAAAAUAAAUGUAGAUAUUGUUGACCAUA